AAACGAGAAUCUGACAGUUCGAAGGGGCGUUCUAAUCCGUGAACAAUAAAAGAAGAGUUGGUCGCCAUUUUGUUCGUUAUAAAAUCAAAAAGAUAUUACCAAAAUUUAUAUAAAACAUCCCGAUCGCAACUAAAACUUAUCGGAUGAAAUGUGUCUGUGAUAUAAACAGUGGGUGUAAAUAACGGUAUAUUUGUGAUAUGCACUAAUCGCCUGUGUGUUUUUAUUUUGGUAUAUUUUGGGAGGGUGUAGAAGGAUCAGCUGAAAGAAUAGAAAAUGAGCACGAAAGACGACGAAUACGAUUAUUUGUUCAAAGUUGUCCUUAUUGGAGAUUCGGGGGUAGGAAAAAGCAAUCUAUUGUCUCGAUUUACUAGGAAUGAAUUUAAUUUGGAAUCAAAAUCAACAAUAGGUGUGGAAUUUGCGACUCGAAGCAUGCAGGUGGAUGGCAAAACAAUAAAGGCACAAAUUUGGGACACGGCGGGUCAGGAAAGAUACCGCGCCAUCACAGCAGCGUAUUACAGAGGAGCAGUAGGAGCGUUGUUGGUGUACGACAUCGCCAAACAUUUGACGUACGAGAACGUGGAACGUUGGUUGCGCGAACUCCGAGACCAUGCAGAUCAGAACAUCGUAAUUAUGUUGGUUGGCAAUAAGUCCGAUUUGAGGCAUCUGCGCGCCGUCCUAACAGAAGAAGCGAAAGCGUUCGCUGAAAGAAACGGCCUUUCCUUCAUAGAAACAUCAGCUCUUGAUUCCACCAAUGUCGACUUGGCUUUCCAGAAUAUACUCACAGAAAUCUAUAGAAUCGUAUCACAGAAACAGAUCAGAGACCCACCUGAAGGUGACACGAUCCGGCCACAAAACGUGGAACCUAUAGACGUAAAACCAACGAUGAACUCGGAUGGUGUGCGCAAACAGUGCUGUCAGUAGUGUACGCACUGUAGCAAUACACUAGCCCAAACACAGAUUUCUGCAUCAUGUAGUGAAGCCUCUGUACCACCCACCUGUGGCUAUUUGUGUUUUGUUAUUAUUUACAUAAAUCUGAAUGUCCUAAUGCUAACAUAUUGUGACUUAGCGUGGAGCCUCCACAUCUGUUUGCUGCGCACUUAGAAGCUGUUACAGUUUUUGUAUACUAUUAUAAUUUUCAGUAAAUUUUUUCUAUAUAAAAAAAUAUAACUGUAGGUAUUUAAGUAAUGAAAAUGUUUAUUUAUCUUUAAUAAUAUAUAUGCUUUAAAGCAUGUGAUCAUAUUUAACAAUAGUUUUAUCAAUUCAGGUACAGAACUAAGUUAUGAAUAUCUGUGUCUCUUGCUAGAUAUUAAAACAAUAAGUCUUGGUUUUAUGUUUCAAAUAUUGUAAAUGUGCUCUGUUAUUUAUAAUUAAAAAUUUAACUGAAUAUAAUAACCGUUAAACACUGAAUUUGACUGUUGAUUUGGUAAGUAUUGGCCAGCCCCUUCGUCGUUUGUAGAGUCGAUAAAUAUGUUUGACUAUCUUCUUCAGAAUCAGAGGAAAUUAAGACGGUCAUUCCAAGUUUAUUUUUUUAUAUUUUGUUCUCAGUAUUUUGAUAAGACGCUGUUAUGUAAUUUACUCAGAUCGAAGCAUGAUAGUCUCAGAAGUGAAGUUAUAGAGCUCCAAAUGCAAAUUACAUUUUGUUUUUGUUAUGUCAUGUCAUAGUAAUAGAUAAUGGUAAAUAGAUAUUUCAACUGUACACAUGUAAGAACAAACAAGAUAACGGUCUUUGUAUGUAACAUAAGCUUAUUCAAAAUUUAUUAUACAUUUAGUUUUUAAAUAAAAUUUCUGUAAUUCA